AUGUUAAAAAAAUAUUCAAUCAUAUUAUGGCUUUUAAUUCAAUUAUUAAUUGAAGUAGGUUGCCAAACGACUUCUUUUAAGCCAACACAACGAAGCAGUCAUACAGCUACACUCAUAGAUGAUAAAUUAUACAUUUUAGGUGGAACAAAUAAAGUUGAUAUAAAAAUUGGCAUAGAAUUUUUUUAUCUUGAUGUCUCUGUUCCAUUCAAUACGCAAAAUAUAUUAUGGAAUGAUUUAACAAGCACUAAUACAGUUCCAGCACAUGCCGCUGCAGGGGUGUUUAUGCAUUUGAUAUUCAAAAAAAUUCAUGGCAUUAUUAUUAGAAAAGAUAAUUUAAAAGGCAUUGUUGAUUAUAAUGGCAAAAUGUAUUUGUUCGGCGGACAAUCUAAAAAAAUUAUUGUAAAUGAUAUGCUUAUUUUAGAUACAAUGAACUUGAAUUGGGAAUUAGAAAGUUCGAUAAAUACGCCUUCUCCACGGGUGUACAUAUAUGAUACUAUUAACGAUAGUUGGAGUAUUAAAAUACCUUCAGGCACAAUUCCUUCUGAUAGAGAUGCUAUUUCUGCUGUUCUUGGAUUGGAUAGACAGCAUGUAAUAAUUUUUGGAGGCAUUGUUGAAUCCCAAGAUUCACUUUAUGUAUUAGAUUUAAUAAAUUACGAAUGGUACAUUCCAAAAAUUCUUGGAAAAAUUCCAAGUUCCAGACAUUGGCAUGAAGCAAACGUAAUUGGCAAAUAUAUGGUUAUAUCAUUUGGUUAUGAUCCAAAAAUUGAUAAUGAUAUUUUAUUACUUGAUAUUAGUAAUAAUAAAGAAUAUAUUUGGACUAAUAUUUUUGAUCCAAUAGUUAAGUCAAAUGUUUCAACAAAUGAUUCUGCUACAAAAAUCACAUUAUCAAAAUCAGCUAUUAUUGGCAUAGCUAUAGGAUCAUUGGUCGGUGGUAUUUUACUAUUAUUUGGGGGUACUUAUGUAUAUCAAUGGAAUAAAUAUAGAAUGGAAACUCAAGCAGCAAUACCAACGCCUGGAACUGAAGGGAAUAAUGGCAAUGAAGCUGUAGCAAUUUCUGUUCAGAGUGUGAACAAUAAUGGUCGAGAAAUGAUUACUUAUGGUCAUAGGCAACAAAUCCCUGAUA